UUUAUACAUAAAUCAUACAGUAUUUACUACGUACUAGUAUUUUAUCAGAAAGAAAGGAUCCCAAAGUUUUUACAGGUUAUUCAAAUAUGGACUCUAUCGCUUCCACAUCCAAACCCAUUACAUCAACCCCUGAAAGCUCCUUUGACAUUUCUGGUGGGUGUCGGGCAUUUAUAGAACCAGACGGGGUUGAAGAACUUUUGAAACCGUUGAUUGAGGCUGGAAGUACAUCAAUAUGUUUUAGCAAUUGUAGUUUUGGAUUGGAAGCAGCCGUUAUUGCUGCUCCCAUAUUGUUGUCUAUAAGUGAACAGCUGACUGAAGUUGACUUAUCAGACUUUAUGGCCAGGAGGCCUGAAACAGAAGCUCUUGAGGUCAUAACCAUUUUUUCCGAAGCCCUUCAAGAAUCUGACCUCCGGUAUCUUAACAUCUCAAAUAAUGCAUUAGGUGAAAAGGGAGUUCGGGCAUUUGGGCAGCUUUUAAGAUCACAAUGCAAUCUUGAAGAGUUAUAUCUGAUGAAUGAUGGUAUCUCAGAGCAAGCUGCCAAAGCCGUGUGUGACUUAAUCCCGUCAACAAAAAAAUUAAAAGUUCUGCAUUUUCAUAACGAUAUGACAGGUGAUGAAGGGGCAAUUUCAAUUGCUAGGCUUGUGAUAAAGUCUCCGGUUCUUGAAGAUUUCCGUUGUUCAUCCACACGGGUUGGUCCUCAAGGGGGAUUUGUGUUAUCUGAAGCACUUGGGAAUUCUACUAAUCUGAAGAAACUUGAUCUUCGUGAUAACAUGUUUGGAGUUAUAGCAGGGAUUGCUUUGAGUGAGAGUCUUCUCGUCUUUUCCAAUCUCACCGAGGUGUAUCUCAGUUACUUAAGCUUGGAGGACGAGGGUACCAUAGCUAUAGUUAACGCUUUAAAAAAUUCUGCAUCUGCCCUUGAAGUUCUUGAGAUGGCUGGAAACGACAUUACAUCUGAAGCCGCCCCUGCUUUGGCAGCUUGUUUGACUGCUAAAAACGCUACCUUGACUAAAUUGGUUUUGUCUGAAAAUGAAUUGAAGGAUAUAGGUGCCAUAGUGAUUGCCAAUGCACUUUUUAAAGAUGAGUUUGGAAAGUUGACUGAAGUUGACCUGAGUACUAAUGAAAUCAGAACUGCUGGUGCCCGUGUUUUGUCUCAGGCUGUUGUUGGUAAACCAUGGUUUAAGUUGUUGAAUAUAAAUGGUAAUUAUAUAUCUGAUGAAGGUGUUGACAAUUUGAAAGAAAUAUUCAGGAAGUUCCCUAAUGUUCUUGGUCCGUUGGAUGAUAAUGAUCCAGAAGGUGAAGAAUAUGAUGAUGAUACAGAAGAUGAGUUGGAAUCGAAACUCAAGGAUUUUCAAAUCAAGUAGGAGGAAUAGUGUUGUGUUUCCUUAUGAGCUUGAAUUUAUAGUUAUAUGAUAGUAAAAGUGGCUUUUAUCUUAUUCAGUUUUCCGAAUCUAGUUGAGAAUUAAGAUGGAUGAUAUAUUUUUGGCACUUCAA